AUGAUAAGGGAAAUACAAAUCCCACCAAGAAAACUCCAUCGCCGCCAUUUAGCAGCGGCGCAGACGCUUUAUCACGACGGUGGUGGUGCCACAUACAUGUUCAUGGAUUCUUCCGAUCAGAGCUCCCUUUCCAAAAAACACUUACCCUAUUAUGUUGAUGACGAUGAGAAGAAUCCUUUCACCUCGGACUAUUUCAGAAUGUACGAGUUCAAGGUCCGUAUGUGCCCGCAAGGCGGUAGCCACGACUGGACGAGCUGCCCCUUCGCACACCCUGGUGAGAAGGCCCGCCGUCGAGAUCCUCGGAAGUAUCGUUACACCGGAACUAUCUGCACGGAGUUCCGCAAAGGCCAUUGCAGGCGCGGUGAAAGCUGUGAAUUUGCACAUGGAAUUUUUGAGUCUUGGCUUCAUCCAACUCGUUAUCGAACUGAGGCUUGCAAAGAUGGCCGCUAUUGUUACCGAAGGGUCUGUUUUUUCGCACAUACUCCAAGCCAGAUUCGCCUUUUGCCGGAGGAAUAUUCAUCUCCGAUGAAUUCUCCGGUUACUCAUGUGAAUCAUUGCUGUGGCUGCUGCCGUCAUUCUAAUAAUACGAUCUUGGCUUCUCAUAACUCGACUUUGACGGGAGUUUCGCCGGAAAAAGAAAGGGAAUUUCCACUCCUUUCUAGAGGCAAUGAAAGUCCACGAAACUUCUUCCUCAGCCAAGAAAGGAAAAGCGCCUAUGAUUGA